AUGCAGAGUUCAGAUAGAUGUAACAGAUUGAUAUCUGCAUCUACGCGGAGUCUGCCCACAUCUAUCUAUGCUGAACACCACCCACGAUUUUUUUAUUUUCCAUUUUUUAGCACUUCUUUCAAUUUUAUUGUUUCUUUUUCCUUUCAUUCUUUCAUUUCCUUACUCAUCUUUUCCACAUUCUUUCUUUCUUUCCACUUUUUUCUAUCCCAUAUUUUCUUUGUUUUUCUUCUAAUCAAUUCAUUUCUCUUUGACAAUCUUCAAUCUCUUCUUUUUCUCCUAAUUUCUUCAGCUGACUUGUUUUUUUCUUUCAUCAGUUUUAUUUUCCUUCUUUAUUAUAUUUAUUUUUUUUAUCUCUUUAUUAUUAUUCUUCCUUCUCUCAAAUCCAAACUCAAAUAUCCUUUUAUCUUCUUCCUUUUUUUCUCAUUUUCCUUUCUUUCCAUUAAUACUUCAUUCUUUCCUAUCUUUUAG